AUGGGGCCUUUUGACAUGUUUCUCGUGGCGGCGCCUGCUCCGUUCUUUGAGCUGAGGCUGAAUAGAGCAUCACUCAUCAAAGACACUUUCCAUCAACUGAGUGUAGCAUGUCCCAGUACCUUCAAGAGGUUCCUUGUGGUGUAUUUCGACGAGGAUGCGAAGCUGACAGAUGUCUACAAAAGGGACUUCUUCCUCCAUUUGUUUGAUAAGCUGUUGGUCCCCGAGUCUGGGAUGUUCAUGUACAACGACACCGAGACGCUGGCCUGGUUCCCUGCAAUGCCUAGAGUGGAGGAGAAGCGUUAUUUCCUGUUUGGGGUUCUGUGUGGGAUGGCCCUGUACAACAACAACAUGGUGCACCUCCCCUUCCCCAUGGCCUUCUUCAAGAAGCUGGUGAACAUCAAGCCCUCUUUAGAGGACCUGAGAGAGUUUAGCCCCAUUGAAGUGAUGUGGGCUGAUGUAGCGGUGGAACUUGAUCCCAAAGAAACUGGAAAACUUGUCACAAGUGCUAAUAAGAAGGAGUUUGUUGACACCUAUGUGAACUACAUCUUCAACCAGUCAGUAGAGGUGGUGUUUGAAGAGUUCAGGAAAGGCUUCUUCAAGGUGUGUGACAUAGACGUGGUGGAGUUCUUCCAGCCAGAGGAACUGAGGGGAGUGAUGGUGGGGAAGGAGAUUUUCGACUGGGAGACGCUGAAACAGAACACUGUGUAUGAAGGAGAGUACCAUGCUGGGCAUCCCAACAUCGUCACAUUCUGGGAGGUGUUUGAGGAACUGACAGAGGAUCAAAAGAAAGCAUUCCUGUUGUUCCUGACUGGCUGUGAUCGUGUGCCCAUCCUGGGUAUGAACCAGAUCAGGAUGAGGGUCCAAACCCUUCUCAACUCCUCCCAACAGCAUUUCCCAGAGGCACUGACCUGUCACUCUCUGUUGCAGCUGCCCAUCUACCCCUCCAAAGAGACACUACAGAGCAGGCUUAUAGAGGCUGUUGGCCACAACAGAGGCUUCUGGAAAGAAUAA